AAGAAGUGACAAUAAUAGUGCUUUUUAGUUUCCUCUUUUUAAAUCUUCCCAUGUCAUAAACCCAGUCGAUGCAACGUCAUCAUCCGGCGACACGUGUGUCUGCUGUCCUCGCAGCUAGCUUGCCUCCUCUUCACUCCCAGUCGGCCCCUACGACUCACUUUAGUCCCAGGUGAUGGCCUCCACGCGCAGGACAGUGCUGUCACUGUACACGCGGGUGUUCCGCGUCGCUCGAACCUGGCAGGCACAGAGUGGAGUAACAAGUGACACAGAGACUGAGAGAAAGUACAUACGUCAGGAGGCCCGGAAUCUCUUUAGACAAAAUCAGAAGAUUACUGAUCAAGAAUCAAUAAAGAAGUGUAUAGAGGAAUGUGAAGCAAGGAUAGAAAUAGGUCUACAUUACAGAAACCCAUUUCCAAGAGCAACCUACCUACCACCAAUGGGACUGGCGACUCAGAAGGGCAGGAAACUGCGAGCGCAGCAGCGCCUGAGGAAGCAGGCCAAGCCAAUUUACUUACAGUCACAUGAUGAGACCUGAUGCUCGGUUUCUCCAAUCCUCCCCAGGGGUUUAGGUUGCCAAGGGCAGGAAACCACCAGAGUGCAGUUACUAUACUGGCUGAUCCCACAGGAUGAAAUGUUAAAAGCUCUGAUGCUAGAACAUCUGUCGUUUAAGGAAAAUCUAUUUUUUCUUGGGAACAGCAUGAGUUCGGCUUUCUCCUUUUGAGGAUCUUAUUGUAAUCUGUAAUAUAUACUUCAAGUUAUUUUUUUUAUUUGUAUAUAAAAUAAAUAUUGUAAUAUCUACAAUGACUUUGCAUCCUUUGUAUUUAUUUUUUAAGUUUUAGGACACGCUGUAAUGGCGUGUGUCUUUUUCCAAUUUGUGUGAAGAACCACUAACCACUAUGUAAGUUAGGUCCCAUUAGCUACUGUUUCAAUAAAUGAAGCCACUUCUCUAAAAUAGGAACAGCUGUCUCAUCUAAUGCAAAAAUUGCAAAUGUAUUUUGUGUUUUUGUGUAAUGUUGCUACAUAGGAAAUGGCUGCAAUGCAAAUGUACCUGAAAUUCCACUGUAGCUGCUGUAUUCUUUUGUAAUCCACUUAACAAUAGCUAUUAAAAAAUAAAAACUGCAACUCAG